GGGACGGCCACCUUGGAUCGCAGUUUCGUUCCCAAACCCCAAACCCCACACUCCCAAAGGUCAUCUCUCCCCGCCGCAUCGUCGCCGUCACCGUAGCCGACGUGCCGGCCGCUCCCUUCCCCAGCGCUGGCCGUCCUCCCAUUCGCGCUCCACCCACUCUCUGCGCCGUCUCGCUUCCUCGGAUACCACCGUCCGACCCCUCGUCCCUCUGGGCCGCCCGCCGCCGCCGCCGCCGUCCGUCUCAAGCCUGACGAAUCAGUAGCCACCGUGGGGGUCCUGAAGCUGGCGCGAUUCCUGCCGCUUCGCUUCCCGAACCACGGCCGAUCUCCCCCAUGAGCAACUCCCUCCGCGCCGCCGCGUUGAGGGCCGCCCGCCUCGGCUGCGCUCGUCGGAUAGGGCUUGUUGCCGACCGCGGGGAGCCCUCUUCCAGGGUUUUACCCCCGCUCUGGCGUGCCGCCGGUUCCUCGCGUGUCCGGGAAUCGGCGGCGGCGGCAGCAGGUUGGUUCCCGGCGGUGGGUCAUGGCAUUGGAUUGCGGCCUUACUCCGCUGCCCCCAGACGCCGUAGGAAGAAAACCUUAGUCAAUGAUGAUGGUGUGGAGGAGGAGGACGACGACGAAGACGAGGAGCUCCGGGGAGUGAAGCAGAUGCAGAGGAGGCGGGACGUGCGCGCGGCGCAGAGGACCUUGAUGGAGUACCUCCACGUCACGCGCGGCAUGUGCUUCAGCGACGCCGAGCACAUCAGCAAGCGCUCGCCGGUGUUCGCGAGCAAGCUGCUGGAGAAGGUGAAGGACGCCGCGAGGGAGCCCGCCGAAGGGGGAGACGAGGUGGUCUUCAAGUCCGUCGUGAAGAAGAGGGACAUGAAGGAUGAGAGGGUCAGCAAGGCGCUCGUGCGCCUCUUCAACUACAACCCCAUCAACGAGUUCGAGCCCUUCCUGGAGAGCAUUGGCCUCAGUCAGAGCGAGUGCAGCUCCUUCUUGCCUCGGGAUCUCAUGUUUCUCUCGGACGAUGAGCUGUUGUUUGAGAACUACCGCGUGCUUUGCAAUUACGGCAUUGCGCGCUGCAAGAUAGGGAAGAUAUACCGCGAUGCUACGGAGGUGUUUGGUUUUGGCCAUGGUGUGCUUGUGUCUAAGCUAAAUGACAUUGAGGAACUUGGGUUCAGUAAGACCAGUGUGAUCAAACUCGUGACCGCUACUCCUGUCGUGUUGGUUCGUGACCCAAAUGUCGAGUUGAAGAUCCUGCAGUGGCUAGAUGGCAUCGGAAUUCAGUGGGACUGGAUUAGUCAAUUCUUAUCUGCUAGGAAGUCAUAUAAUUGGACAAAGAUGAAUCAAGUUCCUCAGUUCUUCAGUGACUUGGGAUUCACUAAGGAAGGUAUUGCUAAAUUAGUCAGGCAACAUCCAGACUUCUUGUUGGAUGGUUCGGGAAAGGUGCUAUUUACACUGGUUCUCAUCAUGCUAAAAGCAGGGUCAGGAAAAAAGGAGUUAUUUGAUCUUUUUCUGAACUUCCCAGAUGUGCCAGUCGAGAACUUCACAAAGAAUCUACGGAAGGGAAUGCUGUUCUUAGCUGAGGUUGGCCUAAGCAAUGAGGAUAUUAAAAAGAUUGUGCUUUCUGAUGGACAGAUGCUUGGUUCUGCCCCAAUUAAGAAGCCGAACAGCAUUCUUACACAUCUCAAUACAGGAAAGAAGCGUCUGCGCAAGAUUAUACUAGAGAACCCAAAACUGUUGGGGAGUUACCGAUUAGGGUCAAAAGUCAGCCAGCUCCCAAGGAUUGACCCCUUUGAACAAUCAUUCAAAGGGAAAAUAAAAUUCUUAAAAAGCAUAGGUUUUGUUGAAGGGUCUGAAGAAAUGAAGAAGGCACUGAAAGUGUUCCGUGGUAAAGGUGACGAGCUACAAGAUCGGUAUGACUUCUUAGUGAAUGCUGGUUUCGACCCGAAAGAUGUAGUGAACAUGAUCAAGAUGGCUCCACAGAUUCUGAACCAGAAGAUUGACGUCGUUGAGUCAAAGAUAUCCUUCCUUCUAAAUGAUACCGGGUACCCUCUGAGUGAGCUGGUUUGUUUCCCUGCUUACCUGUCGUUUACCGUGGAAAGAACCAAAGUUAGGCUUUUUAUGUACAAUUGGCUGCUAGAAAGGGGGGCGGUUCCUCAGCUAGCUCUAAGCACAGUCCUUGCUUGCUCAGACAAAUGUUUCAUGCGAUAUUAUGUGAAAAAGCAUCCCAUGGGACCUGAAGUGUGGGAAAACUAUAAGAGGGAGUCAGCCGAAGCCAAAAACAUGCCUUGUACUUAAUAUCAUUAGCACCAGAUUCUUUGAUAAUUCCAUAAAUUGGGUUCUUUCGCAGUCAACAUUUGCUCACGAACUGCUAUGCUUGUAGCACAUCAAUGGGCUAGCUCCCUUGUCUAGAUAUCUCUCAGGCACACACUUUAGGUGCUGGUUUUUUCUUUUGUCAUAUUCAUGGUGUUUUUGCUUUUCUCUAGAUAAACUUAUUAGAUUGUGCUGACUUUUAUCAAACAUCACUAGACCUUGUACUGAACUCUUGGAUCCAAGAGUACUUUUCACUCUGUUCCAAACCUGAAACUGUAUUCUUAUUUUAGCUGA